UAGUGCACUACUUAGGGAAUAGGAUUCCAUUUAGGAUGUAUAGUAGUGCACUACUUAGGGAAUAGGAUUCCAUUUAGGAUGUAUAGUAGUGCACUACUUAGGGAAUAGGAUUCCAUUUAGGAUGUAUAGUAGUGCACUACUUAGGGAAUAGGAUUAGGGAAUAGGAUUCCAUUUAGGAUGUAUAGUAGUGCAAUACUUAGGGAAUAGGAUUCCAUUUAGGAUGUAGCAUAUUUCACUGGUUUCCCAGAGAGUUCUGUUCCUGAAGUGUCCCCAGAGGUAGAUCCUCAUUCUUCCCUGACAUCACCUAACUGCUGGCAGCAUAACUGGCUCCUCUCUCCUGCCAAGCACCAGUUCUCCCUCAUGCAGUGGCCUCAUGAAAUAUCUCUCCUCUCUCAGCACUGCAAUGCAACAACACCGCCCCCUUUUGUGAUGUCACUGCUGACUCCACCAGUAGGGGCGUGUCCUGACACCAGAUCUUCCAUCCAGCUUAGACUAGGCUGCUGCUCUAGGGGGAGGAAAGCUUUGACACUGCAGCGUCCAGAGAUAAUAAUGGGGAAUGGACAGGAUAAGCCCUCUGGAUCCGGGGGGGCUAAAACGGACCAGGCCACCCCAGGAUUCAGGAGAAGAAGCAGAGCCGGGAGCACGGAGAAGCCCAAGGCAGGGAAGGGUCCCCCAGAGAAGGGGUCGAUGGCCAACGGAGCCACCCAGGGGGACAGGAACCAGAGUAAGGACAUUCCACCAGACACCAGCUAUCUGGACGCCCCCGCUGGAGCUCUGCCGCCCCACCUGGGCCGGCUCAAGAACGAGGGUAACCACCUCUUCAAAAAAGGACAGUUUGCAGAUGCUGUGGAGAAAUACUCUGCAGCCAUCGAUGGCUGCUGUGACGCAGGUAUAGAGAGUGGAGAGGACCUGUGUAUUCUCUACUCUAACAGAGCUGCUUGCUACCUGAAGGAUGGGAGCAACACAGAGUGUAUCCAGGACUGCACCAGGGCAUUGGACCUUCAGCCCUUCUCCCUGAAGCCCCUCCUCCGCAGGGCCACAGCCUAUGAGUCAAUGGAACGUUACCGACAGGCCUACGUGGAUUUUAAGACUGUUCUGCAGAUAGACAUCGGGGUGCAGGCGGCACACGACAGUGUCCACAGGAUCACCAAGCAGCUUAUUGAGCAGGACGGCCCUGACUGGAGACAGAAGCUUCCGGAGAUCCCUCUAGUCCCACUGUCAGCUCAGCAGCACCACAGGCAGAAAGACCCCAGCGCUGAGCUGGUCCAGGCUAGAGAAGCCAAAAAAGCAGAGGCUCGCUUUGCCUCUCUCAAAACAGAAGGAAAUGAGCAUGUGAGGAAAAGCCAGUUCCAUGACGGUCUAGAAAAGUACAGUGAAUGCCUUAAGAUCAAACCUGACGAGUGUUCCUGCUUUACCAACAGAGCCAUCUGUUAUCUGAGACUGGGUUGUUUUGAAGAGGCCAGACAGGACUGUGACUCCGCCCUCAAGCUGGAACCAACCAAUAAGAAGGCCUUCUAUAGACGGGCGCUGGCGUUUAAAGGCUUACAGGACUACCUGUCUUCCAGCAGUGACCUCCAGGAAGUGUUACAGCUGGACCCCAACGUCCACGAGGCUGAACAGGAGCUGGAGACUGUGACAGGGCUGCUCAGACAGAGCCUCAUGGACGGAGCCCAACUCACACCCAGGGUAGAUACCCAACACACACCCAGGGUUUGAUGUCAGAAAUGAGACUGCCACAGGAGACUGUAUAGGAGGCUGAUGAAGAGAGGGACUGACGGAGACCUGGGAAGGCUGUUCAGGCCUCAUCAUCCCUCACAGAGUUGACAUGAACUAAGGUGAACUAUGCUGGAUGUUGGGCUCUGACUCCAUCUGCCUUCAAAGAGCAUCAUUAAAGCAUUGCGUCGACGACGGCGUUGUUCAAUAAUUCCCAGCAGGCAGCUGCAUCCUUCAUUUCCAUUCUGGAGACUCUAAAGAUACUUUAGAUGCAAUGAAGCUUCUUACAUUUACAUUUGUCAUUUAGCAGACUCUCUUAUCCAGAGAGACUUACAGUAGUGUGUCAUUUAGCAGACUCUCUUAUCCAGAGAGACUUACAGUAGUGUGUCAUUUAGCAGACUCUCUUAUCCAGAGAGACUUACAGUAGUGUGUCAUUUAGCAGACUCUCUUAUCCAGAGAGACUUACAGUAGUGUGUCAUUUAGCAGAUGCUCUUAUCCAGAGAGACUUGCAGUUAGUGCAUUCUUUACCUCAGCAUGCUCAGACCCCCUACAGCAACACACUGUAGAGAAAAGGGUGCGUCACAAAUGAUGCCCUACUCUCUAUAAAGUGCACUAUGUUUGACCAGGGCUCAUAGGUCUAUAAUCAAAUGUAGUGCACUAUAUAGGGGAUAGGGGUGCCAUUUGGGACUCACACCCAAAAUCUUAAAAUCUAGGAGUGACUAGUUUUGCAGAAGUAUUUGAUUUCUUCCCACUAACAGCAGAUUAUGCAGACCGGCGGUAUUACAGAUUGGAGAAGCGAUCGACAGAAGCUCUAGAAGCACACUGGAACACAAUGUGGGAGAGAUGUGGUGUGCCUUAUUGAGAUUCAAGUUGAACCAUAUAUUUGGGAAGUGUAAUCUGAACCUCAGAGAAAUAACAUCCUUGUAUAUAUGUAAUGAACUGCUGCUUUGAUACACUGCAGAGUAUUUUACAUGAGGAAACCAAAAAAUAUGUUGCCACUGUAUUGACAGUCAUGCAUGUACCUUUUCAACCUUUAAAGGGCACUGUUGGCUAAUUAAUGCAUAAUGAAAGAUGGACAACUGUGUAUAUCAUGUACUGUAUGCUUUUAAUCUCAGGUUCAGUCUUGAACAUGACCAUGAUUGUAUGGUAAAUGUUAGCUCUGGUCCAUGGCGUUAGAGGAAUUGUAAUGGCCUGGACCAGAGCUAGGUAAAUGUGUAUAGUAGUCAAACACUGAUCUGCUAGUUUUCAGAUGUUGCUCUACUGCUUUAUAAAAUCCCCAAACCCCCUUCAGAUAGUUAUCUGUUGAGUUAGAGGUCAACCCCCUUCAGAUAGUUAUCUGUUGAGUUAGAGAUCAACCCCCUUCAGAUAGUUAGAGGUCAACCCCCUUCAGAUAGUUAUCUGUUGAGUUAGAGGUCAACCCCCUUCAGAUAGUUAGAGGUCAACCCCCUUCAGAUAGUUAUCUGUUGAGUUAGAGA